AUGGCUACGGUGCUGCCCAAGGACGUGUCGAAGCUCGGCCAGGAGGUCAAGCUGUUCGGCAAGUGGGAGACCCAGGAUAUCGAGGUUAAGGAUAUCUCGCUCACGGAUUACAUUCAAACCCGCCACGCCGUCUACCUCCCGCACACGGCCGGCCGUUACGCCAAGAAGCAGUUCAAGAAGGCGCAAAUGCCGAUCGUCGAGCGUCUUGUCGACUCUUUGAUGAUGAAGGGCCGCAACAACGGCAAGAAGAUCAUGGCCGUCCGCAUCGUCGCGCACGCGUUCGAGAUCAUCCACCUUCUCGCCGACCAGAACCCCAUCCAGGUCCUCGUCGACGCUAUCGUCAACACCGGCCCGCGUGAAGACUCGACCCGUAUCGGUUCCCAGGGUACCGUCCGCCGUCAGGCCGUCGAUGUCUCCCCCCUGCGCCGGGUAAACCAGGCCAUCUCCCUCCUCACCAUCGGCACCCGCGAGUCGGCGUUCCGCAACGUCAAGUCCGUUGCCGAGUGCCUCGCGGACGAGCUCAUCAACGCCGCCAAGGGCUCCUCCAACUCGUACGCCAUCAAAAAGAAGGACGAGCUCGAGCGUGUGGCCAAGUCCAACCGUUAG